UUUAAAGAUAAGAUGGCUUCCUCAAAUUUAAGACAAGGACAACAUUACCUAGAAUGUGAUAUUUGUAAAAGUCCUGUCAACUUUACGUGCAAAAGAUGUGCCGUUAAAUUAUGCAGCGCAUGUGUAUUACCCCACAUGCAUAUCAAUUCAGAAAAUGGACAUGAAGUUACAAAUUUUAUCGAACAAAAGAAACCUGACGUUGGAGAAUGCCUGACCCACUCCAAGCAACCGUUUAGUGCUUUCUGCAAAACAUGCGAUAUUCCUAUCUGUGUCUUAUGUGCAUCAAUCAAACACAAAACACAUGACAUUUGCGAAUUAUCCGAGAAAGUCAAUGCAUUAUCAGAUUUUAUCACGAAAGAAAAUGAGCAGCUGCAGUCAAUGCGAUCAGAAUUGGAGAAAAUUAUCGAUCAUAUAAGUAAAAGAUCGACAGCACUUCCACAAGUCUACAAACAGGCAAAAGAUAACAUUUCAGCCCAUGCUAGAGAAUGGCAUCAAGAGAUUGAUAAAACAGAGAAAGCAUUACACAAAGACCUAGAUGAAUUGAAAGAAAAGCAUGCAGGGAUUUUAUUGAAGCAGAAAAAAGAAUUGGGAGAAAUGCUAAAGAAACUGAAAAACCUAAAACAAACAGUAUUGGCCUUGGCAAAAUCCAAAGAUGUCUCUGGAUUAAUGGAACUUAAGCUUGAACUUGAAAAUCAACAGGUGCCCACCUUUAUAGAAGAAACACAGCCGGCAUUUUUCCAACCAUGCAAGUUUAAUGAAAGUUAUACAACAUCGUACUUCGGUUACAUAGAGACACUAGAAUCGUACAAACUGUCUAUUGACGAUCUAACACAACAAGAUCAAAUAUCAUCAUCACGACAAGCUUUAGAUGUACCUACAGUUCUGUCCGCAUUUGAUACAGAGUUCCCCACUGACAAAGAAUACAACAGCCGGCUGUUUGACAUGGUUCCACUGGGUGAUGACAGAGUUUGGGCAGGAGGGAACAGUGAAGAGCUCAAGUUAUUUGAUCUCCAGGGACGUCUCCAUGAUACUAUCACCAUCACGUGCACAGCUAUGUACCUGGCCCUUCAUGAUGGAUACGUGGUGUAUCCAGAACAAAGUGACAAGACCGUGAAGCAGAUUAUAAACGGUCAUGUAGAUACGUUGUUCCGUACCGGGGAGUGGGAACCUUUCGGUAUCACCUGUACUGCGGCAGGGGACUUCCUGGUCUGUCUCCGAUCGUCAGAUCAAACAAAGUCCAAGGUCGUAAGGUACACCAGUUCCGGUGACGUGCUGCAGGAAAUCCAGUAUGACUCCCUUUUCCAGCCUCUGUUUGGAAAAACAAAUUACGUGGUGGAGAAUGGUAACGGCGAUAUUUGUGUAGCUGACUGGGAUAAAAAAGCCGUCACAGUCGUUGAUAAGUUUGGAAUAUUCAGGUUCUCCUAUACAGGGAACAAAGCUUCCAAGGAGAAUUUCAAACCUAGCUCCCUUACAACAGACAGCAUGCAUCACAUCAUCAUCACUGAGUUUAACGGUGACAAGAUUCACCUGCUGGACAGGGACGGUCGAUUCCUGAGGUACAUCAUACCUGAUCAGGGGAUACGGAGACCACGGGCCGUUUGUGUCGUUAAGGAGGGAGAGUUAAUGGUGGGGGAGUGUUUAACGGGAAUUAUCAAGAGAAUUAAGUACUUACAAUAAGGAGGAUGUUUGAAGACAAAAUAUCUCCUUCAAAAGUG